AUGUGGCAAUCUUGGAACAAACCACGUUCAUCUUCCUUCUCAUGUUCUUCCUUCAAAGACAUUCAAUCCCUCUUCGUAGAUGAACCCUCCACCACCAAACCCAAACCCUCAAUCUUCCACCGGGUCGCACUCGCCAACAAGCUUCUCCGAGCGUGGUCUAAUCAUCCCAAACUCACUGCACGCGCCUCCGAUGAAGCUCCACGCGCCGCCCAAUCGCACCCUCCGCCGUCCAUCCCCCGUGCGGAGCAGCGCGUAGUGGUGUACUUUACGAGCCUGCGCGUGGUCCGUGGCACGUUCGAGGACUGCAAAACGGUGCGCUCCAUUCUGCGUGGGUUCCGCGUCGCGUUGGACGAGCGCGACGUUUCGAUGGAUUCGGGUUUCCUCGCGGAGCUCCGUCGGGUCACCGGUCGCAAAACGGGUCUGACCCUCCCACGUGUGUUCGUCAACGGAAGGUACGUGGGUGGGGCCGAUGAGGUGAGGUGGCUGCACGAGAAUGGCGAGCUCAAGAAGCUCCUCGAAGGCUUGCCCGUAACUGAUUCUCACCUUCGCGCGUGCCACGUGUGUGACGAUCACAGGUUCGUGCUGUGCGGGGAAUGUUCGGGUGCGCGGAAGGUGUACGCGGAGAAAGGUGGGUUCAAGACGUGUACGGCGUGCAACGAGAGUGGCCUGAUCAGGUGCAUCUGUUGUUCUUGCUGA